AUGGGUUGUAAUAGUAGUAAAGAAGCAGAAAUUUCUACAUCAAUAGCAACCACAUUUAGCUAUAAUGAUGGUACCAAUGAUAAUAUAAAGGAAGAGUCUAUUUUUUCUCUAAAGAAUAGAAAUGAUGAUGAUGCAAUCAUUACUAAACUUACUAAUUCCAAUGAUCAUAUCGAAAUUCAAAUUGUAGAUCUACAAGCAUUUCAUGAUUCAUUUGUUCAACAACGUCAACAAGUCAUAGACAAUUGUCUCUAUCGAUCAACUAUUGAAUCAUGGCAACCAGAAAGUCUUGAAUAA